ACGUCGCCUCGUUCCGGGAGGGAGUGCCUAACCCUCAAACCAGAUUCCUACCCCCAUCAUUACCAUUCCAACACCUACUCCAUUCACUUCCCCCGUCACCUCUAUCCCUGUUUUUUCUCCAAAUUUUCCCGGGCCCAUGGACCCGCUGUUUUCACAGGCAGUCCAAAAUUUUGGACAGUUCAUGUCCAUGUUUCAACAGCUGGGAGGAUUUUCACCUUUCAUUCCCGGGUUAUACCCACAAUCCUUGCCCCAAACUAAUAUCAUCCGCCCGGUCGCUCCAACAAAUCUGAUCGGAGAGAUGGACAAAGCUGGUCCGUCCCGGUCCAGAAGGAGUCGGUCCCGAAGGUCACGCACACAGAUCACGCCUGAUGGCGAUGUGCGCUCAGUCCAAAGCAGGGACGAGGAUUGGGAUGUACCCCAGGCACAAAAGAAGCUGAAGGGAAAAGCUAUUCAACCUGAAGGGUCCUGGAGGUCAGUGUUUCAAAGGCUUGGCCAUGAGGGCAGAAAUCAAAACCGGCCUGCCAAAGAACGACUAGGAGUGGAAACAACCCCGUUGAGUGCUUUUGAUCGCCUGGGUAGAGGGGCCGAGCGACCUGGUCGGACCAGGCGCACGGAGCCUCCCCAUCGCGAAGAGCCCCAAUAUAGUCGGGCGCCCCAUGAAGAAGAAGAAGCGGAAAGCCAUCCUAGGCACACGAUCCGCUCCCAUGUUGAACAACCCCGGGAUCGUACCCUCCGUGGCCGAGCCGUUGAGUGGUUUCACAACCUCCCGGCCGGGGAAAUCGAUUCUUUUGAUGAACUGGCCGAGGUGUUCCAAGAAAAGUUCAAGGAGAACUGUACAAAGAGGAAAAAGUUUACUUACUUGAGUACAGCCGGACAGUGGGAACAUGAGGAUCUAACCAAGUUCCUCACCUGGUGGAAAGAUGAAGUGGAUAAACUGGAGGAAAUGGACGACAAAACCGCCAUGUCCCUCUUUGUGUCCAGACUCUGGUCCGGAGAAUUGUACAAAGAAUUUUGCAGGAGGUCUCCCCAAUCCUACCAAGAAGCCUACAACACGGCUUGGGAUUAUGCCGACGCCGAAGCACAUGUGUCGUUCAAGAUGGAGGCCGAGCAGGGCCAUCCCAAAGGAAGGAUUUCUUUGAAAAAAGGAAUUGAAUUGCCUGGUAAGGUAAAGACAGAAAUCAUGGAGGUGAAACCGUUCAAAACGGAAAAGAAACUGACCGGCGAGAAGCAAUGGACGGAGAAGUAUUGCUCUUUCCAUAAAACUGGCUCCCAAAACACUACAGAAUGUAACAGUGUGAAGGGAGUAAUCAAGCAGAUGAUCGAGGCCGGGGAGAUUGAUCCAGAGUACCUGGCUCAGGCCAAGCAAAGGAAGAACCAAUGGAUCAGACCUGAAGGACAGCCGGCCGAGCAGAACAAAAAGAAGAAAGCAGCCGGUAAGGAGCACUUGCAGGUCAUCUACGGCGGACCGGAAGGGGGAGACUCUGCUUCCCAGAGGAAGAAAUGGGGGCGAGAGCUCUACGUAGGAACAGUGGCCCUAAAUCCCUGGUCAAAACAAGCCAGGCGGGAACCAAUCACUUUUACUGAUCGAGACCUUCCCGCCACCGGCGAAGAUCACAAUGAUCCCCUGGCCAUAACCAUGGACAUGGGUGGAGUCGAUGUUUCCCGGGUACUUGUUGACACAGGCAGUAGUGUCAACAAUUUGUACUUGGAUGCAUUCGAGAAACUCAAGUUGUGUCGAACACGGCUUGAGCCCUUAAAGACUCCCCUGUCCGGGUUUACCGGGGACUCUGUGGAAGCUGAGGGGUCAAUCCUUUUAACUUGUGAAUUGGGCACGGGGGACCAGGUCGUCCAAAAACAGAUGAGGUUUGUGGUAGUGAACAUCAAAUGUGUCCACAAUGCCAUUUUGGGCCGGCCUGGAAUAAACAAAGUCCGUGGGGUCAUCUCCAUGGCCCAUCUCUGUAUGAAGUUCUAUACCCCGGGAGGUAUAGGGCAGGAAGAAGAACGGUCAAAGCUAGAGCCGGGUGAUGAGACCGAGCAGAUUGUUCUCCGGGAGACUCUCUCGGAAACAAUGGUGCGAAUAGGCCGGGAUCUGCCCGGAGGAAUUCGAGAAGAAAUCAUCUCAGUCCUUCGGGAGUAUGCGGAUAUUUUCGCUUGGAGUGUGGCGGACAUGUCGGGCAUAGACCGUUCUGUCAUAUGCCACCGUCUGGCUGUGAUGGAAGUUGGACAGAUCAAUGGCGAGAUGGAGGUCAAAGAGGAGCGUCUGGCCCGGUACAGUGACCUGGUCCGAGCACUUCUAAGGGAAUUGGAAGAAUUUCGUCUGACUAGGAUACCCCGGUCGGAGAACACAGACGCUGAUAUGCUUUCGAAGUUAAUGCAAUCCUGCCCGGGCCAUGUGUCGAAGUUGGCUAAAAUUGAGAUUUUAGAUCAACCGAGUACUGAUCGAUUUGAGGUCGUAGCCGUUCAGCAAGGUCAGAGCUCAGCUACCGGGGUGAUUGAAGCGGAUGAUGACUGGAGAUACGAUCUCAUGGAGUAUUUAAUGACCGGACGAAAACCAAACGACGAAGAACGAGCCAAAAAGGUUGUCUUACGAGCUCCCCAGUUUCAGGUACUAGGUGGCCACUUGUACAAACGUGCCAUAGGAGGACCUCUUUUGCGUUGUCUUACCAACUCGGAGGCCGAGCGAGUGAUAGCCGAAGUACAUGAGGGAGUUUGUGCAGCCCAUCAAAUGUCCCACACAUUAGCUCAAAGAAUAAUAUUGCUAGGCUACUACUGGCCGACCAUUGUUAGGGAUUGUGAGCGGGUGACUUCAAGAAGAGCAACCGGGGAGACUCCUUUUGUGCUUACCUAUGGAUGUGAAGCCUGGUUGCCAACUGAGGCAGAAUUCCCAACGUUUAGAGAGACCGUAUACCAGCCCUGUCAAAACGAGGUCGACCACCUAGCUGAAUUAAAUCUGGUGGAAGAACGAAGGACCCUAGCAGCUGUCAAGAUGGCCAAUUACCAGCGGUCGAUAAAGAGAUAUCACGACAACCGGGUGGGCCCACGGUACUUCCAAGUGCAUGAUGAGGUCUUACGCAGACGGGAUGCCAGUGAGCCUAAUGAGAGAGGCAAGUUGGUGCGAAACUGGGAAGGACCCUAUCGCAUAAAGGCGAUCAUCCGGCCGGGCACUUAUCAGAUGGAAUCCAUGGAGGGCGGACGAGUUAACCGGCAUUGGAACUCUCACCACUUGCGUAAAUUUUUUAGAUAAAGUGUAAUUGGUUCCCGGUUAUCAAUAAAAACUUGUUCUUUUC